AUGACCCAUUUACAAGCUGGACUUAGUCCAGAGACUAUAGAGAAAGCCCGUCUGGAACUGAAUGAAAACCCAGACAUUUUGCAUCAGGAUAUCCAGCAAGUCAGGGACAUGAUCAUCACGAGACCUGACAUUGGGUUUUUACGUACAGAUGAUGCCUUCAUCUUGAGAUUUCUCCGAGCCAGAAAGUUUCACCAAACUGAGGCCUUCAGACUGCUGGCUCAGUACUUCCAGUACCGCCAAUUAAAUCUGGAUAUGUUCAAGAACUUCAAAGCUGAUGAUCCAGGAAUUAAACGGGCUCUGACAGAUGGGUUCCCGGGAGUACUUGAAAAUCGUGACCACUGUGGCAGGAAGAUUCUUCUGCUUUUUGCAGCCAACUGGGAUCAGAGUAGGAACUCCUUCAUAGAUAUCCUUCGGGCUAUCCUACUGUCGUUGGAAGUGCUCAUUGAAGAUCAGGAGCUUCAGAUAAAUGGAUUCAUUCUAAUUAUAGAUUGGAGCAACUUCUCCUUCAAGCAAGCCUCCAAGCUUACUCCAUCUAUCCUCAAACUGGCUAUUGAAGGGUUACAG